AUGGAUUCCUUAGCCAAGUCUGUGGAGCAGACGCUCAAAAACUUACAGGAGAAGAAGAGGUUCCUGCAGCAGCAGCGUGAUCGUUAUAUCAACAUAAGACAGCGAAUUUUGCAAUAUGACGACGAUGACGCGGGUCAAUCUAAAGACGGGAUCAUGCAGGUGUUUGAUGAUGUCAUUAUGUCGCCGGAGAGGAUGUUUGUGAAUGUUGGUUAUGACUAUUAUGUGGAAAAAUCUCAAGAUGAGCUAUUGGCUUACGCUGAUGAAAAACGCAAGCUCAUUGAGCAAGCAAUCGAGCAGUUUGACUCCAAGAUUAAAGAUGGUGAGAAAGCUAUACGGAGUUUUGGAAUGCUUCUGCAGUCCGAGCAGGCUCCCAUACAAUUUGAAGACGCAGGCGACGAGAGCGGUGGAGAAUUGCCUCCCAUGGAGAUCAGAGAGGAAUUGGACGAAGAUGGGAACAUUAUCAGUAGCAGUGUAACACCAGCUGUGGCCUCUUUAGAUCAAGAGAAGCAGUUUAAGGACAACGAUGAGGCCACUGGGAUGAGCGAUUUUGAGCGGAACAUCAAAGGCAGAUUGGCCGAACAGAAGUCCCAGCAAGAAGAGGAACCGCAAAAACACGAGACAGCGUCUAUUAAUGGUGCCUUUAGUACGGAGAAUAUGUACACUUUCGCCGAUCUGGUACGACAAUUAGACGAGCAAGAUGAACUGGAAGAGGAGAUCGAUUCCUCUGAGGUUCAGUACGAUUUUGAAUCAUUCGAUAGUAAAUAUUUGGUAGAACAUCUUACGGAAGAAGGUGAGACUCAAGGCGAAGAUCAAGUUGAAAACGAUUCAACUGAAGAAAGUGCCGACGAAGAUGAUGACGAUGAGAACCACUAUAUGAUCGCACCCACUAUGGAGGCCCAUAGUGCCUUUAUGGAUCAGCUAAAGAAACUCCGGGAAAAAAAAAUUGAACAAAAGUUAACCGAACAACCUGAAGCGCCAGUGAAAUCAAUUUUGAAGCCCAGUUCUGGUGGCAAGAAGAAACCCAAAAAGAGCGUUGGGUUCGCUUCCAAGCUGGAUAUUCAUGAGGUAGAAAAUCUGAAACAAGACAAUCGGAGAAAUAGACACAACUUGUCAUCUAGUUUCAUGCAACAGUUGGAACACGAUAAUGACGAAGAAGUUGAUAAUGAGUUUGACAGUGACCUAUUUGCCCAGUUAAUCGGUGCUCGCGGUCCCGAUGAGAUUCAUGACAAAUACAAAUCAGACAUAGUGCAGGAAACGCUCGAAAAAGACCCCAAUAUAGAUAGUUCAAACAAAAAGAAGAUAAAAAUAUCGAGAUUCAAGCAAGAAAUAAAAUGUCGAAGUAACGAAUGUGAAACAAAAUCAAGAAUAUCGUCAUCUGAUUCAACCUCACGUUACGAAACCAAUAGAUCGAUAGACAGGAAUGCACGAGCUCCCAUGGAUCUUGCGAGCAAAAGGGAGGAGAUUUUUCUGCCCACAGACAGUAGCAGGAUUAUGGAGCGAGAUAUGGAUCACUCUGCUGUAGUUGACUUGAUAAUCGAAAAUGAGCCUGAUGAGUUUACAACGACGGACUCCAGAGAUGAAGCAGAGGUGAACCAACCAGCCAUUCAGGAGCUAAUAGUCGAAAAAGAGACCGAUGGAGUUACCAACGCGGAUUUGAUAGUUGAAAAAGACAUUGAAAACCUAGCAGCAGAUAUUCAUUCUACAGAUGUGAGCGAAUACAACUGUGCCAUCAGACAUGGCACCUUGGAAACGUUUGGUGACGUGCUAGCUCAUAAGGACAAAGCUUCACCUUUCUCGAAGACUAUGAGAUCGUUGCACAGAUCGGCUAGACCCAAAAGGCCAUCCCAAAACAUGACUUACGAGUUUCCAGACUCGUCAGAAGACUUAUCUGGCACUUCGGAUUCUGAUGAGCAUCUUUCUGAAAUCAAAUCCGAGAGCGUCGCCGAAACCUUUCCAGCUGAAGUUAUGAAUGGAGGUCGUAGCACAUCAAAUACCAUAAGCUUGCCAAAAGUUGAUUUCAACGCCCUGGGCGACAACCUGGAUGACAUGGCUAAGGCAUACUCACUAGGGAUCUAUGACAAUGAUCUCGACGAGGAUCCCGGUACCUUAUUAGAGAAGAUUGAUGAUUUCAAGCAUUACAAUGAGCAAGUGGAGGCAUUGAAGAGCGAUAUCGAGGCUUUCAAGAUUGCUAAUCCCAUGCAAGAAUUCGACGGCAAUCAGCAGACAACUGACGAAGACGGGCCAUUGCUGACCGAAAUCAAAGAGAAUGACUUUCCUGAGAGCUACAACGAAGUGAGUUCCAGUGACGAUCUGGCAUUGGAGCCUGCUAGACUGAACGAAUCUAUCGCAAUUGAAUACAGCCGCCUCCGUGAGGUUAUCAGCGCCGCUAGCGAUAUUAUCAAUGGCGUGAAAAGAGAUCAAGAUGAUGAGAGUAAGCAAAUUGAGCCCAUCGACCAGGAUGGUAGACCAAUUAGGCUCAGUCGCUUUAAAAGUCAGCGACUCCAGAUAGGUAAGUGA